UAGAAUCAGUUAUAAAGAAAAAAAUGGAAAGAAACACUUCGUACCGCUUAUCCGGGAACAAUUAUGACACCGCUACUGAAGACAGUAUUUCGAUGUACUACUCCUUCAAUGGCAGUGUAGCUGACAAAACAUUGGAAAAUUCAGAUUUAGAAUCAACUGUGGAAGCCGCUAUUGAGGAAACACUCAACACCGUGGUUAAGCUUCCAUCUCAAAAUACACCCCUUAAGGCUAAGUGCGGAAGAAGUUUACAGUUGGGCAACGGGUCUUCGUCAACUCCAUCGGCAAUGAGCAAAGGAGUAGAUUCUAAUUUCCUAGAAUUUACUCAAAUCAGUGAACAGAAAGACGAGGAAGCGAAAGUGGCAAACGAAGGAAGUAUAGAAAGUGAAAAUGUAAAACUGAGCCCACCUGCACCUCAGAAUGAUUCAGUGAUCGUAGAGACCUUCAGUAAAAUGCAAAUUGAAACUAUUACAAUUACUGACAAUUCAGUAGAAAUUAUAGAUGAGUCUAGUGAGACUGUAAUUUCGGUCGAGGGAUCGAAUGUGGCACUAAAGGAUGCUAGCGCGAAGAUAUGGCCGAGUAAUAAUAAAAUGGAAAUUACCCUUGACGCAAAAAGUGAAAUAAUUGAGAAUAUUGACAAACAAGAAGAAAGUGGAAAAAAGCAGUUGGAAAAAUCGGUAGAAUUCUCGCUGGCUGAUAAAGUAGUGCAAGAUAUUAAAAUCUUACUUCAAAGUGGAUCGAAAAGCAAGAAAGGCAAGGAAAAUUUAGAAGCCAAUGCAAUUUUGGCAAACGAAAAGAAGAGAGCAACAGGACUACUAAAACCCUCGAGAUUAUCCACAUUGAAAAUGAGGCGAUCCAUCCUUCAUACCGAACUACAGCCUGGGAAAACCAUUACUCCCGUCACACGAAUUAUUUCAAGUUCAAGAAAAUCUUUCAAUGGUGGUGCAAGUGGAAUUCCGACACCUCGUGAGAUGUCGAGUUCAAGCUCAGUUAGUUCUUUGAAAUCGAACUUGGAAUCAGUGAAAAAGGAAGCAAGACGGUCAAUUGCUCCGUCAAAACAAGUGUCCAUCAUGAACGGAGCGAAAGCCUUUUUGAAUUCCAUUCCCGAAAAUAGUCAAAAACUAGAAGCGACUAAAAAGGCGCCUUCUAAGAGGUUUUCAAUGUUUCCCCCAAAACCAAAAGCUGACUUCGUUCGGAGCUCACAACGAUUUGGACCCGUAGCAAAAACAACUCUCAACAGUCCUGUAAUGGUGCGGAAAGAUCUAACACGUCGGAGCGUUAGCAAGUUUACUAAAACCUCCGAAGAUAAACCAAAACCUGAUGCAAUGAAAGCAAGAAAUACUUUCAAAGCCAAACCGGCACCUUUAGUAUCCCAAAGUGACUUUUCAUUGGAUAAAACCAAGCAGAAUUUCAGUCAUUCAGACUUUACGUGCGAGAUUUGUUCACGCUCUUUUCGAGUCUCUUCAAUUUUCGAAGCUCAUAAGAAAACUCACAACCAAACUACAACAAAGUCGACAAACACUUGCAAAUAUUGCGACAAGUCUUUCGCUAUAAUGAAAGCGCUCGAUAAGCAUCUAUUGGAAAAUUGUCUGAAAAUUCCCAUGGCUGAGAGAAAGAAGAUCAAGAUUGCAGCCUCCCAGUUGUCUGAAGAAGCUGCCAGUCUACGAGGUGGAUAUGGCGGUAGUGAAAGGUAUAGUAGCCGAACACAGAGAGCAUCUAUAGUUCCAUCGCGUAAAUCGAUGGCCAAUAGCGUGAUGCCUCCGCCGUCUUCUUCGAAAGUAGUGAAGAAACCAAUGGCCCAUUCAGGAGUCUUAAAGACACCGAAUAAGAGCGUGUCUUGUAAACCAUGCGAGAAAACUUUCGAUAAUGUUCUGGCAUUCGCCGAACAUGUACUCUCGCAUUCGAACAGUAGUCUCGGCGAGGAGCAGUGAUAUUUUCUAUAAACAUCGCGUCGGUUGAAAUGACUCCGGAUUUUACGAAUAGACUGUUGAGAUUCUUGUAUAGUGUUAGGUCGUAUUGGUUAGGGGAUACAAUGUUUGUCGGAUUUACUUUUGCGUUUCAACGAAUAUGUUAUAAUAAAUUAACAAUGAGAAUUUAUUUCCAUAAAUUUUAAGUUAAUUACUAAUAAUAUGCUUUGCGUACAUGUCAAUACAUGUUAAUAUGAAUAUUUGCAACCUUAAUUUGUUCAAAUAAUGUUUUGAAUAAAACACUAUGCUUUGACAA